AUGGGGUGUUCUUGUAGUUUGUGCAGAUGCGAUGGAAGGGGAGAUAGUGAGGGAUCGAUGGAAGAUGGUUGUCGGAGGGAGCAGCGCCCGGAAGCAGGUUGUCGGAGGAAUCGCAGCAAUGGAAGAUCGUUGUCGGAGGAAGAUGAUGUCGCCGUUGAUUGUUGUUCAUGGGAUGGAAUUGAUUGUGAUGAUACAGGGAAUCGGGUGGUGGAGUUGUCGUUGCCUGAUAGAGGUCUUCGUGGUGUAAUCCCUUCUUCUCUUCAAUCUCUCAACACUCUCUCCCUCCUAAACUUGUCGUGUAAUUUCCUAUGUGGUCCCCUCCUCGAUGGACUUUUUUCCUCUAUGAACAACCUCCACACCAUUGACGUUAGCUACAUUAGGUUUUCUGGACAGUUACCGGACAUCUUGCCUCCGGACAUCUUGCCUCCUACAAUCCAAUCGUUUAAUUUCUCCGGUAAUUGUUUCAAUGACACGAUUCAAGCUGCGUUUCUCCAGUCAACACCAAGCCUGAUUGCUCUUAAUGUCAACAACAAUACCUUUACUGGCGUCAUUCCUUCCUCUAUAAGCGACAACUCAACAUGA